GACCUUUAAACUUUGUUUUGGUUUUCUUUACAGUUUACACAUCGAUUUAAUCGCGAUAAUUAAGUAUUUUCACUUUACAAUAAAUCUAAAUUAAGCUAAGUGAUUAACUUGCUCAAUUAAGGUAAACUAUGAAAGUUUUAAGAGAGUGGACAAUUAAUGCACCAUGGGGAAAAAUAGCAAUGGUAUCUUGGGGCAACGAGGCAGGCUCUCCAGUGCUGCUGGUACACGGACGGCGGGACAGUGCUGCCACCUUUGAGCCGCUGCUGCAGUUAUUGCCCGACUCGUACCAUUACGUGGCUCUGGACUUGCCCGGACAUGGCCGCUCUGAUCCUUUCCCUGCAGGAUUGGUGCCAUCGAGGCUGAACUUCGUAGGCGCCGUGCAGGUGGCCGUGUGGCAUCUGCGCUGGAAGCAGUUCAUCUUUGUGGGGCACUCCAUGGGCUGCGAGGGAGGUUUAUUCUUCAACACGGUAUACCCUCACCGAAUAUCGAAGAUGAUUCUACUGGACCCCGGGCCUGCGCUGGCUCGUCUCCAAGUACAUGAUCCUCAGGAAUACUUCGCUUCCUUCCACCAGAAGUACUAUGAUAAUUAUGACAAGUUCGCGCAGAAGAGGAUCUACAGUAAGGAACGCGCUGUAGAGGCGGUGAUGAAGGCGCGCGGCUUCACCGAGUCGCAGGCGCACCUCGUACUAUCUCGGAACAUGGUCAGGGUCGGAGAAGACCUUUAUGAAUUAUCCUGGGACCCUCGUCUCCUAUGCCUUCCACCACCAAAUUACCCCCCCUCCUACUACCACCAGCUGUUCUGCACCCCCACACCAACCCUGCUCAUCGCUGCCAAAGAGUUCCAGGGUUCCAACGGCAAACGGGAAACAUUGAAGCUGAUCAGUGAUUUGGAGAAAACUCUGGAGAAUUUCACUGUGGUGACGGUAGAGGGCGGGCAUAAUGCGCAUUUUACCAAUCCGGAGCGAUUUCUUAAAGUGCUGUGUGAGUUUUUGGAUAAGAAGUUUGAGUGUAAAUCUAAACUGUAGAGUAUAAAGUAAAAAACCGGCCAAGUGCGAGUCGGACUCGCGCACGAAGGGUUCCGUACCAUUACGAAAAAAAAAAAACAGCAAAAAAAUCAUGUUUGUUGUAUGGGAGCCCCAUUUAAAUAUUUAUAUUAUUCUGUUUUUAGUAUUUGUUGUUAUAGCGGCAACAGAAAUACAUCAUUUGUGAAAAUUUCAACUGUCUAGUUAUCACGGUUCACGAGACCUGGUGACAGACAGACAGACGGACAGCGGAGUCUUAGUAAUAGGGUCCCGUUUUUACCCUUUGUCAAAGAGAAUUAAGUAUAUAGAGUGCUCACUCCAUACAUCAGUUUUGUUACUAAAAAGACUAUUAUUUUUGUAGUCGACAUCUAGCGUCAAGUAGCGGAAUUUAUAAGUACUGCUACUAAUAAUAAGUAAUUGGGUACAUACAUGCUCCUAUAUUUUUUUAUAUACUAAGUAUUCUCAAAGAUAGAUAUAACUCCGUAAUAGAUGGAUACAGUCUAAGGAAAAAACGUGCCUCGAAAAUCACGAAAAUUUGAUUCUCGAUCAGAUGGCGCCACUAGUUUUGGCCUACUCUCGUAUAGAGGGCGUUGGCGGUUUUGUGUGUUAUUUAACAAUCUUAACGCAUAUCAGUGAAAGCACAUGGGUCAAAAUCAUAAAAAUAAUUAAUGCAAAUAAAAAAAAAACAUCCAUAUUUAAAUACAUUUUAUCGUAUUUUUAUAAAUCUUCAUUUUUAGUUUUAAAGUGUGUCGACAGAUGGCAGUGAAUUUACUGUGGUUACAAAAUUUACUAUGACAGUACCGCUCUAGUAUCAGUUACUCUAUGCUGACAGGGUCACAUCAAAUGGGCAAAAUGAGUGGAACUAUUCAGUGUUAAUAAGACUUAUGUUAUAAUAUUAUUCUCAUGUUUGAGAUAUUUUAUUCGAAAAUAUUAUGAAAACAAAUAAAAUGGAAUUGUUAAACUUGGGUAUUAAGAAGUAAGUUAAAUUUUAUAUUUAAAUAUUAUUAAAAAUAAAAUACAUUAUAUGCUUAUAAUUCAAUUUAUUUCU